AUGGAUUCUGUGGGUAUUGAAUCAUGUUCGAGUUCUCGAUCUUCAUUGUCAUCGCCUAGUUUUAAUUUAAUCUGUGAAACAAAUGGCAAUCGCUCCGAUGCGAUGGACUCAUCAAACAGCUCAGAAGCUUCUACUUCACCAAACCAAAUUAAUGUGGAAUCAAGAAAUUGCCAGCAAAGGGCAAUACGUGAUGGUUCGAAAGAUGAGGCUUACUGGGAAAAACGAAAACGGAAUAACGACGCAGCUAAAAGAUCACGGGAGAAAAGAAGGGUCAACGAUAUGGUUUGUUUCUUUUUUAAGUUAAGAAAAAAUGAUCAUUUUCAGAUAAUGGAACAAAAACUAAUUGAAUUAACCAAAGAGAACAGUUUAUUAAGAAGUCGGCUCGACAAACAAAACAACAUUGAGCAGAAACAAUUUCAUCCAUGUAAAAAUCAGGAAAUACCACUGCAUGCUCCUCAUGACAGUGUAAUUAUUGCCAGACCAAAUUUUGAAAACACGGCGAAUUUAGGCCAUAAUUCUUUUCAUACCUUUCCAACAACAGUUGGUCCACCACCCAAUUUAACAACGUUGUUCCCUUCAACUAUUUUUCCUACUAGCUCCAACUUUCUGAAUCCAACUCCAACUAAUAAUCCCACCACAACGCAAAUGUUUCAGAUAUGUCAUUUACAAGCAACUCUCGCGCAACAGUAUCGGAAUCAACCAUCGUCGACGAUUUCGAUCGGAUGUGGCGCUUUUCAACCAUUCUACAGUAUACGUGAAAUGGCAUCAGUAGCGACCGUAUCAAAUUUAACCCAAAGGAACAGUCCAGAUUCGUCAAUAAAUGAUGUGAAUUGCAAGUAUUCCAAAAAUGAAUCAAACGAUAACGCCGAGCAGUUGGAUAGGCAAACUGCUAUUGUACAGCGACAGUGGAAUGGUAUAUCGCCCAUUUCAAGUAAUGCUAUUGAUCCGGAUAGCAAACCUCAGUCACUUCUUGGUUCACUUCUUGCAUCAAGGCGGACAUCACCACUGGUACAACAAAGUCAAACGGAUGUGCAAUCAGGAUUAAAUUCUUCUCCACCUCGUGUGAAUGAUGUAAGAAACUGUUUGAACAGUUUAGCUGUCAACCUAAUUUGCACAAAAAGUGACACAGAGAGUAUGGGAUCGCCAAGUAGUAAUAACAAUAGUACGAGCGAUUCAAUGAAUUCACGGUCUAGUCCAUCAGCACCACUACCUCCAAAUUUAUCGAAUUCGGCUAUUGUUGAAGCUUUAAAUUCAGCACAACCGAACAAGCAGUAUAUCGAUAGGCGAAGACGAAAUAAUGAAGCGGCGAAACGAUGUCGAGCAAAUCGACGUGCACAAUUCGAAUAUCGUUCGAAACGAGCCCAACAGCUAGAGCAAGAAAACGAUGAAUUACGAAAGGAAAUGAUAAGGCUAAAACAUGAGCUCGAACAACUUAAAGCUAUGCAUGCAGCAAAAAAUGCGAUUCUACGACAACAUUGA